AUGCUUCAUCUUUCAGGGUCAGGUGACAUCACAGUGGUCGUCAAAGAAGGGAGUGAUGCUGUGUUACCCUGUUCCCUCAGCACCAAGGAGAGCAUUUCAGCAAAGCUCUUUGACUGGAGGAAAGCUGCUCAGAAAGAUGGUCGUCGGAAGGAGGUGUUCUAUUAUGAUGCAGGCAUCCAUUACAACAACGGUCGUCCAGGACAGAGUGAGGAGUUCAAAGGUCGAGUCUUUCAUUUUCCAGAAGAACUGAAACAUGGCAACGCCUCCAUCAUCAUCAGAAAUACGACGGUGACUGACAAAGGAAACUACACCUGUGAUUUUCCACGUCUUCAACCACGUCAGACAUUCCACAUUGAGCUUGUUGUUGAGCCCAUCUUAAAGGACCGAUCAGGAGAAAACCCAGCUGCAACUCCAAAGCCGUACAUCAGGACGCUGAAUGCCACAGUGGGGGUGCUGCUGCAGUGUGAGGUUCGAGGUGCCUCUCCAGAGCCACAUCUUCAGUGGCAGGACAGUGCUGGAAACAAACUUCCUGCUGAGGAGCCGCAGGUCUCAGAGAGAGAAGGCCGCCACUACAUCACCCUCAACACCAGAGUGACCAAGAGUGACCUCUACCGCUGUGUGGUGACACAGGAGGAAAUCAGUCAUCAGACUCAUGAGGAGACAUUUGUGUUUAUCAGAGAGACAGUGUGUGAGGACUCAUCCAGCAAAGUGGCUGUUGGAUGGUUUGGUGGUUUGGUUUUAGGAGCUGUUGCUGUUGUUGUAGUUCAAGCUCUGCUUGUAGCUACAAAGUCCAUCACAGUAAACUGCAAUAGAGGUUCUCGUCUGAAGGAAAACAGUUCAUCUAACCAGAGAGACGCUUCAUGUACAGACUCUUCAGUGCUCCCCCUGAGGUCACCAGAUGUUUAGCUCUGUGUGUGUGUGUGUGUGUGUGUGUGUGUGUGUGUGUGUGUGUGUGUGUGUGUGUGUGUGUGUGUGUGUGUGUGUGUGUGUGUGUGUGUGAGUGUGUAAAUCAGNGUGUGUGUGUGUGUGUGUGUGUGUGUGUGUGUGUGUGUGUGUGUGUGUGUGUGUGUGUGUGUGUGUGUGUGUGUGUGUGUAAAUCAGUCCUUCCAGGAUUUCACAGGCAGUUUUGUGAUUGUUGUGGUGUCUCAGACUCUAAAUGUUACCUAUAGAAUUACAAUCUACACUAACACAACAAAACGUGAUGACGUCCCUGCUUGUUAUAUUUUGCAGCUUGGGCAGAAGCUCUGCAGCAGUGGUUGACAUCUGACACUGAGCCGUUAAUCUCACACCAAUGUCUGAACAGCUCAGUUCAACUUUAUUUAUAUAGCACCUUUCAUACAAACGUGCAGCCCAACGUGCUUCACAUGGCAAAAUUGGAAUGACACAGACACAAAACAAUAAAAUAUUAUAAAAGCAAACCAACCACAAUAGAACAAACUAACAAAAAAGAUAAAAACUCAGUAGAACAAAAAGAGAGUAAAUAAAUAAAUAAAAUAGAAUAAAAAUGAACAAUACAGUAAAAGAAGGUAAAAAUAAAAAUAAUGCGCUGCACGCAGCUCUACACUGAAAUGAGAUUUUUACCAGCUUUAAAUAGUUAAAUUUGAAUUUGCGAUAAAGUUUCGGUGACUGGAGAAAAUGCAAGGUUGUGCAGAAACACGUUAAUUGUUGUGAUCGCAGCAUCACAACAUCCUGGAGGGACUGAUAUACUGAACAGUGUAAAAUGUAGAUACGUAAUCUACGGAGGAGAUCUUUGUAAAACUUAUUACACUCAGUUGUUGGUUCAACCUACAGAGUGGGAUUGACAAAAUGCACAUUACAAGAUAAACGUGUUAAUAUCACAUUACAAUCUGCAGCUUCAACGAGUCAACACCACUCUGACAGACCAACAAAGAUUUAAUAAGUUUGACAAAGGUUGUGAUUUAUUACAGAAUGUUUUUCUGUGUCUCAGGUCAGUGCAGCUCAGCAUGAUUGUUGAGAUCUGCUUGGUGCUUUUUAUUGUUUUAUUUUUAUUUUCCCAUUUCUACUAUUAUGUAUCACCAUCUCAUUUAUGUAUCACCUUUAUAUUUUCUGUCUGUCACACUGUGGUCCAUAAGGAGUGAAAAUACAACUGAUGUUGAAGACAUUAUAGCAGCUGAAUGAAGGAGAUGUAGCGACACAACAACUCAACCAAACAGAUGGAAAUGAAAUCGACAUGAUAAUGAGAUGACAGAACUCACAAAAAGAACCUGAUGAAACUAAAGUGACUUACAAGAAGUUUUUUAAAGGAUCAUAUUGAUGUUUAUUAUAUUUAUUUACGUCACUUAGAGUCCGAAGAAAGAUAAAAUCACACUGGCUGAAGUCAGGACAUUUUUAAGAACUAAAACCAAACAUGAGAUUUCACAAACUUAAAGGGUAACACCACCCAAUUUAAGAAUUCCACUGUUAUUUCCAUGGUCUAGGAGAGUUAAUAAGUCUAAUAAGAGUUUAAUAAGAGUUUGAUAUUAAGAAAGUCACAGGCUUGUGAUGUCAUAGGGUAUAAAGUCUGGAGCUGCUCCACAGACAGAGACCUGAUUUUAUGGAGCCACAGAAUGUUUGUUUGCUUUUUUUAGACCUAAAUGAGCUUUAUUCUAUUUCAGUGUUCUCAGUUCUGAAACAGAAAAUGUUCCCGUAUGUUCAGAACAUUCCCCUGAGUGCUCUCAGUGUCACCUACAGCACUGGUUCCCAACUGGUUCAGCCACUGGGUCCAGAUUUCUCCUCAGUCAUUAGUUCAAGGUCCACACAGUUUCAUAUAGUCAGCGUCAUACAGCGAGCUAGCUUGAGACGUUUGGCCCCGUCUCAAGCUAGUUUCUGUCUCUGUCAAGUAGCUGUUUGUUACUCACACUCUCUACAGGAAACAGCACUUCAAAAUAAAAGCUCUGUGCUGGAAAUUCACUGUACUUAAGAAUAAAGUGUGGUUUUUACAAAGCUGAUAUGUUAGCAAGUCACUUGUGGUCCAUUCAGAAUGAGCCUGUGACCCACUUUUGGACCACGACCCACCAGUUGGGAACCACUGCUCUGCAGCAUCUCCCACCAUUCAUUGUCUGUGGAGCAGCUGCAGACUGCAGGAUUUGGGAGAGAGUUGUUCAUGAUUACUAAUAUAUUUGGACUGUCUUAGACCAGAGGAAUAACAUGUAUGAAUUCUGAAACUAGGCGUAGUUCCCCUUUAAGCUUGAAGCAGUUUUAAAAUUCAUGUGGAGCAGCUGUCAGAGCAACAAGUUGGAUCAUGACCACAAACAUGAACUCAUUUUUUACAUACUAGUGACUUUCAUAGAUUUAAUACAUGUGUGUUGAUAUAAAUGUGAUUUAGAUGAGAAUAUGCAGGUUAUUGAGAAAUCAUUAUGACAUUUGAUUUGUCAUUAAAACAGGAAUUUUAAAUAUGAAUGUUGCACUUUGUUUGGAUGAGUGCACUGAUAUUUGUCCUUUUAAAAGGUCCUCAGCUCCACAUGAGAUGUGACUGAAUAUAUUAUUACUGUAAAUAUUUUAUCGCUUGAGUUUGAAUAUUUUAUAACUGCAGAGUUGUGUAAAAAAAAAAAAUUUUAAAAUUAAAAAAAUUAAAUUGAAUGUUAUUUUUGUAUUUAACUUGUUAACUCGCUGCCCUGCUUCACUUCUUUAUAUUUGCUGAGCAGGAGUCAGAUGCUCCCAGUACGAGGCUGAAGGAUCUUUAAUCCUGUCGAUGGUGAUAAUGGAACACUGUGCAGUAAAGACUGAGGUGUAUGUUUGAGAAGGAGCCAAGCGAGAGUCUGACUGUGACAGUUUCAGAUGAAGAUGGUUGUUGUGCCAUUCUCACCUUGUUUUAUGAAUCGUGGCCUUUGACUGUUUUUGUGUAUUUGCUGAUACAUGUGUGGAUAUUAUUAUAUGUCAUCAUGUGUGUCAUAAAGUAUUUCAAUCAUUGGAGCAUCUGGUGGUUUGGGGAUUAAAGGUAAACUCACUGUGUGUAUUCUUGGGAUGGUUUAAAGCUUCCAGAUGAAGCACAGCACCAACAAUAGUCCUGGUGUAUGAAAUGUGCUCUACAAAUAAAAGUACUUUGCCUUUAAUAGUCCUGGUGUG